CAGGGAAGGGAGCGGAAGGCGGGCGGGAGGCGGCGGCGGCGUCGCGCUCGCCCCGCUGCCCUGGAUGACGGGCGGCCGGUUCGACUUCGACGAUGGCGGCACCUACUGCGGCGGCUGGGAGGACGGGAAAGCCCACGGGCACGGCAUUUGCACCGGGCCCAAGGGGCAGGGCGAGUAUGCCGGCUCCUGGUCCCACGGCUUCGAGGUGGCGGGCGGCUACACCUGGCCCAGCGGCAACACCUACCUGGGCUACUGGGCGCAGGGCAAGCGCCACGGGCUGGGCGUGGAGACGAAGGGCAGGUGGAUGUACCGCGGCGAGUGGUCCCACGGUUUCAAGGGGCGCUACGGGGUGCGGCAGAGCCUCAGCACGCCGGCCCGCUACGAGGGCACCUGGAGCAACGGGCUGCAGGACGGAUACGGCGUGGAGACCUACGGGGACGGAGGUACCUACCAGGGGCAGUGGACAGGAGGAAUGAGACACGGGUAUGGUGUACGUCAGAGCGUUCCCUAUGGCAUGGCUACUGUGAUCCGUUCACCUCUCCGAACAUCUCUGGCGUCACUUCGAAGUGAGCAGAGCAAUGGCACUGUUCUGCAUGACGUCACUUCAGACAGUCCGGCUGGAACAAGAGGAGGAUUUGUGCUCAAUUUUCACAGCGAUCCAGAAGCCAUGGGCAUUAAGAAAAAAGGAGGCUUAUUUAGAAGAGGAUCCCUUCUUGGUAGUAUAAAACUUAGAAAAUCGGAAUCUAGGUCAUCGAUAUCUAGCAAACGGAGCUCUGUCAGGAGCGAUGCUGCUAUGAGCAGAAUUAGUUCUAGUGAUGCCAACUCUACCAUUAGUUUUGGAGAUGGUGACUGUGAUUACAGUCCUCUGGAAGACCAUGUUGAUGCUACCACUACAGAGGCCUACAUGGGUGAAUGGAAGAAUGAUAAGCGCAGCGGUUUUGGUAUCAGUGAGCGUUCAAAUGGUAUGAAAUAUGAAGGAGAGUGGCUGAAUAACAGGAGGCAUGGAUAUGGAUGUACCAUGUUUCCAGAUGGCACCAAAGAAGAGGGAAAGUACAAAAAUAACAUUUUGGUCCGUGGAAUAAGAAAGCAACUUAUACCAAUACGAAACACAAAAACUAGAGAAAAGGUAGAUAGAGCAAUAGAGGGUGCACAGCGAGCAGCUGCCAUGGCAAGAACCAAAGUGGAAAUUGCAACCUCAAGAACCGCGCAUGCAAGAGCUAAAGCUGAUGCUGCGGAUCAGGCUGCUCAGGCUGCUCGCCAGGAAUGUGAUAUUGCAAGAGCAGUUGCCAGAGAACUUUCACCAAAUUUCUACCAACCAGGCCCUGAUUAUAUCAAACAAAAAUUUCAAGAAGGAAUGGAUGGAAAAGAAAAAUCUGAAGAAAAAGGUCAGGAGAAACCACCCACCCCAAAAGAAUCGCCUCACUUUUAUCGAAAAGGCACUACACCCCCUCGAACCCCAGAAGCAAGCCCAAGAAACAGUCCUACUCUUUCUUCUGAGACUUCUCCUUCAAAACAACUGAAAAGGCAAAGCUCCACUUCUGGGGCAAGACUCAAUCAAGAAAAAAAGCUUUUAGUCACUGAGAAUAUAACAUCCACAACUAACAAGCCUUUAUAUUCAAAAGCACCAGUGAAGGAAGAAGUAGCUGGGAAACACCAGCCAAAGUUUUCAGCCCAGCACAAUUCCAGCAGCACAGAGAAUGGGGAGCUGCAUGGUCACUAUCAUGGCUAUUAUGUAAAAAUGAAUCCAACAGCACUUCCACAGGAGCUCAGGGAAGAAGAUGAAUAUGUCAACCCUUCACCAUCAACACUUGCACGGAUACCACCCUCUCAGAAGCCAAGUCCUGCUAGGUCUGGGGGUAAGCCAGAUGCCAAAGAAAACAAGCCUGACAUAAAAAUUAAGAAACCAGAAUUUGUUGCACCAAAGAACCCAGCUAAUAAUGAGUCACAUUCAGCAAUGGAGAAAGAAUUAGGAAACAGCUCGGUAAGUACUGCAAGAAACAUUUUCACUUUCACUGCCUUUUUGCCUCUGAGUGCUGAGCUUUGCAACCUAAGCAUAGGCAAAUCUCGCUUCUGUCAAAUCUUCAUCUGGAUACAGUCUGCUGCUAAAACGCAUUACACCUGGAGUGAGGAAGAAAUAUUCCAGUCUGGAAUAAGCAAAGGAGUUUUAAAACUACCCCUUCAGAUCAGUGUCAAUCUUAAUUUCAUUAUUAUUUAAGAAAAAUAAAAUUAUCAAUACCUAUGCAGAAAAGGAGUGAUGACUAGUAGCAUUUCUAUUUCAUGUUAGAAGAAAAAGCCAGAAUAUAAAAUUUAGAAUCUCUGAUGAUGAUUCUGUGGUUUUGGGGCCAAGAGAAACUCAGGAAAGCAUUAGUUUUACAUCCUAAAGUUAACCAUUAGUGAAUGAGGAGUUCUAGAUGUUUCUCUUUUAUAAUCAUUGUUUCUUUAAGUAAUCUUUAGUGGUACCCUAUGAAACAACCAGUGUGUCAAUAUUGAUGGGAUAAACAGAAUGACCCAGUUAAAGAGAUCCAGAUAGCCUAGUACUGAUUGCAGGCAAAACACUUGAAUAAUUGGCACCACACUUAAUUAAUAAAGAAUUUAGAAAUAAAGAGGGGGAGUAAUUUCCAGCCAAUAUGAAUUGUAAAUGGGCUUGUCAAGCAAGUUUGACAUCUUCAGGUGUGACAGAAGAAUCAUAAUGUCAAUCAAGAAGGUCACUUGAUUUGCUUUUACAUGGUCAUGUAUUCUGACAAGGAAACCAGAGUAAUGCAAAGGCUAAAUUUCACAUUAAAAUAAUUUUUUAAAACUGGCUAAUGGUUCUCAAAAAUUAAUUAGAAAGCCAUCAAUUAUUUGAUACUAUUCUGGUGAGGUCAUUCUUAAAAUGAUUCUCUUACUCUUAUCACAUUCUUGUUAAUGACAUGCAAGAGGACAUGAGAUUAUUGUCCAUGAAGUUUAUAGAAGAAACAGAGACCAGGAGAGUGGUCCAUAAUGAAGACAAAUACAAGCUCAUGCAAAUCAACUGCUAAGAAGACUUAAAGUAUAAUUAUCCAUGGCAGCACAGCAAAAUAAAAUACUGUGUAAGAAAGACAAUUUGUGGAGCCUGGCCAUGCCAGAUCAAAACUGGAAAAGGUUGGUGGAUCCGGAGCAAGAGAGGCAACUGAACAUGAGCUCCCAGUCUGCUGCUGUUGUUCAGAGAUGUUAGCAUAAUCCUUAGAUUUAUCAACAGAAAAGAUUAAGCAAGAGUACAUGGGACUGUGUUCUGUCCGCUUUUGGCAUGGGUGCAGCCACUUCUGGGAUAAAAUAGUGUCUGUAAAUCAGGGAUUUAAAAUGAAAAAAAACCCUCCAGGGGAAAUCACACAAAGAACUGCAAGAAUGAUUGAAUCAUAUCUUAAAAUGAAAGAUUCAAGGUACACACAGAAUCACACACAGACCCCUGAUGUACUAAAUCACUUUCUGCAAGUGUGCUUUAUAAAACAGUUUCCCAGACUAACAGGCAAAUGUGUAAGAAGAUCCAACAGCUAGAAAGAUUCAGAUAAAAGUCUUAUUUUAAGUUGAUUUUAAUGAUCUAUAUUAAAUGUGCCAUCAGUUUUCAGAUGCCAGGUUUUGGAGCCAUCACUGAGUAGUUUGAUAAUGAGCAUUUUGCCUAGAUGAUAUUCUCUAAUUCUGCAGGAAGCUUUUAUUCUGUUUUGCGCGGAUCAAAGUAGAUGUUCACAGAGGUUUUAUAAUCUGCAAAUCUGUAUUACAGCUGAUAUCAGCCCUUUAACCUUUCAAAUCUCACAGAUAUUACUCCUAUGUAGGGUAACACAAAGCUGACAGGCUUGUAAAUGUUGAAUGAGCAUGUACAAAUUUUAGGCGGAAUUGGAAUUGUUUUUUAGCUCUGGUGAAAAUAAGUUACUAGAAAUAGUCCUUAUUUUUCCUUCAUUACAGAUAAUAUUUUGGAGCUGAGGGUGGCUUCAUCUUAACCAGUAGGGUACCUGAACAGGAGUUUAUUGACCUUCUAGAAUAAUCCGGAUAAGGACCAUGAACCUACAGCCUGCUAUCACGAAAGGUGUAGAAAUAAUGAGAUACUGUGCAUUGGCUGUUGUUUGUUCACUGAUACUGCAGCAAUAUCUGGGAACUCUAGGUCCCUCUACUUUAUUUGGAGAUUCCUAAUUGCAUUAUUCUUUUUACUAGCAUUCCAAUAUGGAAGUAAGGUAGAUUUUGGGAAUUCAUUUUUACUGUAAUAGUAUCUUAAGAUGUGUGUAGAUGUAUGUGGGUGUUUUUCAAAGAUUCUAAUCUUCUAUAUGUGUCUGUAAAUUUGCCCUUAUAGACAAAAUUUCCUACAUGCUUAUUUCUUCAGAAUGCUGAGAGUAAAAAUGCUAAACUAAUUAAAGCAAAAAAGAGUCGCCUGCUGGCCUAGCAUUCUGAGGGAGAAACAGUACAGAAUGAUUAUUAACUUUGCUGGACCCUUUUAAUUUUCAGUAUCACCUUUCAGCUUCAGAAAAGCACUAGCCUGUUCUGCAGUGCUCCUGAACUGAGCUCAACAGUGUGUUGGAAGUAAACAGUGACUAAGCUAAGAGAGCAAAGUUAUUGAAGAGAUGCCAGAUUCAUAGAAUCAUAGAAUAGUUUGGGUUGGAAGGGACUUAAAAGAUCAUCUAGUUUCAGCUCUCCUGCCAUGGGCAGGGACACCUUCCAUUAGACCAGGUUGCUCAGAGCCACAUGCAGCCUGCUCUUCAACAUUUUCAGGGAUGAGGUAUCCACGGCUUCUCUGGGCAACCUGUGCCAGUGCCUCACCACCAUCACACUAAAGAAUCUCUUCAUAAUAUUUAAUCUAAACUUAAUCUCUUCUAGUUUAAAUCCAUUCUCCCUUUUCCUAAUUAAUAUACUUCUCCUUAUCCUGGAUGUUUCUGAGUGUUGAGGGACUUCAGAAUUCUAGAGUUGCAUUGGGGAAUUAUUUUAUUUCAGUAAGAAACUGCAAUUGCUUUUUAGUCAUUCUGACAAAUUAUUUUCUUAUGCUUUGAAAGUAAGUCUGUCUUAGAUCCUCCAUAAAAGUUCUAAAAUAUGUUUGUUAAGGAAUAUAAAGAGAAAAGAAGUCUCUCAUAAAAAGAGAAUGAUAAAGCACGGUUUUGGAAUGCAAAAAAAAUGAAUCUAUUAACAUUUAUUGAGCACUUUUGUUAGAUUAUCUGAAAGUGCUGUAUAAAAUUGUGCUGUGCUCUUUCCAGGUUUCCAGUGAUAACGCAUUAAGAACACAGAUGCAGAAGGGAAGAUUUUCAAUUCUUCCUUCUGUGUCUAAAUCAAAGAUAUUUCUCAUACCUGCAUGAAACAUCAGCUUUAAUUUGGAUGAAGAACUUCAAAUGACUUUAUUUGCAGCAGAGCUUGCAGCAGCUCUUAUAGUUAUCAAAUUCACGUUUCAUAAUUUCUGUGAAUGUUACAUUCUUAAGAAUGUCUUUGAGUAUGAUCUGUGUAAGAAGUUAGUUAUAGGAACAGUCUUGAUUCUCUAGAUAUCCCCAUUUCUGACAAUAUACUUGAAAAAUAUAAUCUCAUACUUACGCCACAUAUACAAGUGUGUUUCCCUGUGCGCGUAUUCCCUGAUGUUCAAAAAUCCAAGUUUGAAAUUAUUCCUGAACUCAUAAGAAAGAGUCACAGUUUUAUCAAGGUGAAAUCCUGCAUAAAGUACAAAGUCCCUUGUCAUUUAUGAGAGAUAAAUCACCCCUCUUCCACUGAAAAUGAGGCUCUUUCAUAUUACCUUACAUUUACCACAGUGUGAAGUGUUCACAGAGACACUUGACCACAAACCAGUACUGUUGUUUCUAGCUGGUCAUUAGCAGCCUCUAGCCCCAGUUUCAACUUGCACACUGCUGUCCCACCUUGGAUAUGAGCUGAUUGGAGAUUCUCUUGAAUUUAAGUGAGAAAUAGGAUUGAAUUUCACAAAAAGCUAUUGUAGUGUACAUUCAUUAAUACAAUUUUAUUUUGCCUGAUAUGUGUCUAUGUGUUGCCCUAGGAUAGAUAACAACCCCACACUCAAGUGUUUUGCUGAACUGUAAUUUUUUUUUAAUUUGGCAGGUAAAGAUUUUUAAACGUGCAAUGUUUUAGCCUGGAUUUUGCUUGAAUGUUACCCACUGAUUCUACUCCUAUGGUUUUGUUCAAUUCUCAUCUUCUUUUUCUUUUUUUCUUUCAAACUAUGGUGUUUGAAAAAUAAAUCCAUAUUUUCCUGAUCCUAAGAAAAACCUCUGAGCAAGAAAUUUAGGCUAAAUUUAAUGGACAUUCCUAAUGCAAUGGAUUGUCUUUUAUUUCCUUGCACUAAAUUUUAGAAAAAUAACUUUCUUUCUUCCCCAAAUGGGAACUGAUCAUAUGGUUGUAUUUUGAAAUAUAUAAAUGUCUAACUUAAAAGACGCUGAAGGGGUAAAAUUAAGCAGGACUGAAGGAUUUCUGCUAUGGCUUCUUUAGUGCACCUGUUCUAGUCAGUCAUGGACUGUUCAAACUAAUUUUGGCUUUUGCUAUUUUAAGCCCUUACGGGACACUAAAGUCUUACUUGUGGUAUUUGUCUUAAAGCAUUAAAUGCUUAUUUUAUAGGUGUCUACAGAACAGGUGCUGGUUCAUUGCAUAAUAACUGUGUGCUCCAUAAAUGUUGUUUGAUCAUUUUUUGUGUAUUAGAAAAUCCUGCUUUGAGCUGAAAGGUACAGUUACCAGAAGGUGAAACAGAAUGCACAUAGCAGGCCAAAGAAUAUGAGCUUUACUUCUUUGUAUAAAGAGAUAUCUUUAUGAUGUUUCAUUAUCAUAAAGAGAUAAUAUAUUCUUCUAUGAUUUUCAUGUGAAUUCAACAACCCAGUUCUUAAGGUGUUACUUGCUUCUUUUUAGAUGAGACUUCUUGAUUCAGAGCAUAGCCUCUGGGGUUUUUAGCCUAAUUUAUCUAUUGAUAUUGUGGUGAGAUUGUUAUAUCUGACCUGACUGACAGAUGCAUCAAAAGAGAAGUCCCCUUCCCCUCCAACAAGCUUAAUUACCUGAGACUGUGCACUAAUGAUACCAAGCUGCCAUUAGAGCUGCAGUCCCAAUUUGGCAAUCAGCAAAAAUCUGUCCUGCCGCUACCAGGAUGCUGUUCCAUGAUGUAUUUCAGGUAAUGAACAAGUUCCUGGCUCCUGUGAAGACACUGUAGGUUCUAGUUUUGUCUUCCGUUGCAGUAAAUCGUUGUGAUUUUUAUAGAUGGGAUUUUCAAAUAUGCAAAGUACUAGAUGACCAAAUCCUGAAAAAUUUUAAUGGUACUUGGCAAUGAACUUCACAGUUCCUUGCAAUUCCUGGUGCAGUAUAACUGCAAAAUCUUCAGGUGAGAUUCUAGCCUAUCAAGGAACCAUUGACCUGAUUUGAAUCACAUGGGCUGUCCCUAUUAGAAUCAUGGUAUUAUGGAACCAUAGAGUGUUUGGGUUGGAAGGGACAUUUAAAGACCAUCUGGUUCCAACCCCUGUGCCAUGGGCAGAGACACCUUCCACUAGACCAGGUUGCUCAAAGCCCCAUCCAACACUUCCAGUCAUGGGGCAUCCGCAGCUUCUCUGGGCAACCUGUACCUAGCACCAGAAUGAAAGAUGUUGAACCUCAUUUUAGAGGAAAUUAAUAGUGCAAUCAAAUGGCAUUUCUGUAGAGAGCAAGUGCUGUGGUAACCAUAUCUGGAGCUGUGCCUUCCUUUUGUGCUUGUUCUCUGCCCCUGAGUGUCUCCUAUGCUUUGGCACAUGGUGAGUCACUUCCAUUAAGGAGGAAGGAACAUGGUUCCACUUCUGUUCUGUGACCUGAUGGUCAAAACAUACCACUGGCAAGUGGGAGCUUGUUACUCAAAAACACUUUGACUGAGGUGUCAUUAAACCUGGUCUUCAGUUUCCUAGUGAAUAUUUUAGACAUUCCACCAUUAAGCAAAGUGUGGGUGCUAUUACCAAUACCAUUACCCCUAUGGCAUCGUUUAAUUGGCAUUCUGAUAAUCCCACUCAUUGAAUUUGAACAUGUGCUUCUCAGCAUGUGAACAGACACCUCUGAGUUGGUGCAAAGGGAACUUGAUGGCUGUUAUGGAUAGAGGUGCUGAUGAGGUUUAGACUCCCCAGAGAUUUGAGCAGUACCUAACAUAAUGUAUUUUGUGAAUUACUCAAAAACUUAGCAGCCCACAUCUGGCCUGCCAUCUGAACUACUGUGUAAAGGUGUGUUCUCAUAGAAGGUGUUUAAUGAGACGGUUUCAGGAAAGCAUGUGAUAUAAUAAUGACACAAGUGCUAUUCCACAGCUUCCCAGUUACACUGUUGCAGCAAAUUACUAAUAGCAAGUUCUUACAUCUUAGCAUUCCAGAAAUUAUCUAACUGAUGUUAGCAUUAUGUUGUCAUGAAGCAUAAUAAACUUCUCCAAAGCACACCUCGUGUGACAAGUGAAAACACUGUAUCAUUUCUCAUUCAGUAUAUACCUUCUUGUGCAAGCCAGUGAUUCUUGUGGAGCUCAGAAGAUCAUUUUCUGCACACAUUCUUCUGGUGGGCUUCGUGAUUUGUGAUUUAGGAAAGUCUAAAUUAAAAGUUUCUCUGUCCCUGCUUACAGUGCAACUGUAAAAAAAAUAAAACAGUAUAAAAUCUUUGUAGAAUUAUGUUGUAAUAACCCAAAUAUGUUAGGGGCAGAAGAGAACUGAGAAUUUUCAUCUCUUGGGGCAUUUUUUCAAGUUGAUCAUUAGAAAGCAUCAAUUUUUUUAAAAAAAUAUCCAAAAUUACUAAAAGAAAUUAAAAACUUGUCUGGCAUCAUAGAAAUACUAAAAUUGUGUAAUGAUUUAAAUUUUCUAACCAAUUUUAGCUCUGGCUUGGAAUGGAAGGAGUUUUUGAUUUUUCAUUUCUUCAGUACAUAGAUAAGUGUUUGAGUAAAUCAAAACAAGUUUAAUUUUGCAGCUGUAAAAUGCCUUUUAAUCUCUAAUGGAAACAGGUUUGUUAGUGCAAAGGUAAGUAAAUUUUCUUUUCUAUUUGGAAUAUCAAAAAAGUGUAUUCUUUUCAUAAAGCAUCUUUGUUACGUCUGUUUUGAAAUGUGUUGGAACUGGAUAAGGAACUCUGUAUGGACAAAGAGCAGCUCCCUGGUUUGCCUAAAGUAGUUUGCUUUGUUUUGCUUUAUUUUCAGCUGACAUUGUUUUUGUGUUGAUGGGUUUGGUUUUAUUUGUUGAUGCAGUUGUAUUUAUCAGGUGGCUUAAUCUCUGUAUGAUUAAGAACAGUGGAGUAAUAUACUCUCACCUGUAUUUAUCAAGCUCAUUUUCACACAUGAUAUUUAUCUCACCUGAAUAUCAAGGGUAGUGUCUAUGUUUCAGCAGCAUGGUCUGUUUCCUUCUGAGCAAGGUCAAAACUUUUAGAAAUUUUGAAGCCUGGUCUUAUUCAUUGCUGUGCAUAUGUGGGAGGUUGCAUUAAUUCUGAUAUCUUUAUUUUAUUUUCAGGGCCCUAACUCAGUCAUGAUCGCCCUGGUAAUGCUGUUGAAUAUUGGUUUAGCCAUUCUUUUUGUCCAUUUUCUAACUUGAUUGGAACU